CUACCACCAGCAGUUGUGCCUCAGCUGUGAUGUGAGUUGUACCGCGCGCUCCUCCGCUCCGUGUCCCUCGUCCACACCAUCCUGAAACAUUAUCAGCUCUCUCUCUUUUAAUGCGCAUUUCCGUUUAUCACUAAGUAGAGGUUAUUAUAUACUGAGCUAUAAAAGAUCUGAGACUGAAACAACAUAAGUCACGUCUGAGUGUUGGGAAAACGACCGGCAGAGUUCAGUGGUAGAUAGUGAAGGUGGUGAAGCACUAGUGUGUGGGGUACUAGUGUGUGUGGGGGGUACUAGUGUGUGUGGGGGGCACUAGUGUGUGGGGCACUAAUUUGAGGCGGUGAGACACUAGUGGGUAAGGAUCAUGCCGCCCCCCGCCUGCGUUUCCUUCACACCGCCCUACACCUGCCGGGGCCCUUAUCAGGCUCCCUGGCUGUGAGUGCCAGCACAGUGCCGCGGGAGGUCAUGGCUGAGCGACCUCCCAUCAUCCGCAUCCGGUGCGAUGGAUCAGAGGAUGAGUGCUGCUCCUCUGGAGGAGAGGAGGUGGCCGCCCAGUGGGGGUUGACCCGUGCCGCUGCCACUGAUAAGCGACACUCCGCUCCAGAGGUGCGUGUCACCCCCGGGAUGGUGGCCAUGAGUGGUAGUGGCCAGACCCCGAGGCUGUGGCUGGCCCCUCAGGGAUACACCCACCACAUAUCUGGCAGUACCAGGUACUCCUUACCUCACCUGUUGGCUCGCUCACCUGCGGGAGAGAAGCGGUUGUCUGCCCCAUCCUGCCUGGCGCCACCCCCGACCAUGAGCCACUACCCGCCCUACACCACCACGCCCUCCUCCUACUACAGCCCCCGUCGCUGUAGCCUCGACGACACCCUCAGUGGUCAGGACGACGUGUGGCACUACCGCCGCCUGUGCCGCCUACACCGACGACGCUUCUCCGACACGGCCCGCCUUGAUAUACCAGGCGGCAGUGAAAGCUCUAAUCUUCUACGAAUGCGAAAUUCCCUUCUGGGACAGUCCGCGCCAUCGCUCUCCAACUCUAUGGUAAGUGUUUAAGUCUCUCCUGAAUGU